UAAUGAUGUCUACAUUUUGCACAAGCAAUCUCUUUGUUCUGAUUUUUAUUACAUCUAAAUCUGCUAUGAAAAAGUUUCAUGCUAGUUUUCGGAGCAAUUGUCAUUGUUGGUACCAUGUUUUGUUUUUCAUGUUAAAACAGGGGAAGGAGAUUCCGAGUGAGUUCCCUUUCGAAAUCAGCAAAAUCGAGGAGCUUACCCCGACCAACGUUACUCUUACAAGAUGUUUAAAGGGUGAGAAGAUUGAGGUGUUGGUUUCCAUGCCCAUACUUGCCAGUGAUGAGGAGGACGACGAUCUGCAGGAAUCCUCAAACUUGUCAUCAUCAUCUUCAGACGAAACCUCAUCAUCUUUAGACAACGAGACCUCAUCAUCUUCAGACAGCUGCUCAUGGUAUUCUGACGAAACCUCAUCCUCUUUAGACAGAGAGACCUCAUCUUCAGACGAGUCAUCAUCAUCUUCGGAACACGUAGCCAAGAAUCGUAGACAAGAAUACCUCCCUCUCACGGUCACUGUGUCCAAGCCUGAUGGCUCAAGCAUGAAAUUUGCCUGUAACGCCUAUCAUUACGCGAUCACCAUCAAUACCGUGUCUGUGAGGCAGCCACCAUCGGGAGCCGAGGAAGGCAAUAAUAAUGCAUAUGAUGAGGGUCCUGAUUUCAGUGAUCUGGAUAAGAACCUUCAGGAGGAACUCCACAAGUACCUGGAGGUGCGCGGGAAAACUCCGAACAACAUGAAGUUGCUACACGAAUACAUAAUAAGCAAGGAAUGGGAACAUUAUCAAAUCUGGUUGGCCAAGCUGCGGCAUUUCGUCAGGAAAAAUUAACACCAUCCAUGGAUGAUCCAUCUUCAGCAUAAGAUUAGGCACACAGUUUCUUCGCACUUUCAGUUUCGAGAGCUCUGAGUGACAUCCUCUAUACGAGUGUGUUGAGAUCGUUUUUAUUGUAACAAC